AUCCAGAGAUUUUGCCUGCCACCUGAUGCAAAAGUAAUAUACAAGGAUGCAACAGGGACAGAAGUUGAUGCAGAAAUAUUCAGCGACCCCGUUGGACAAGGCAAUGUGGUGCUGACAGUAUUCUCAGAUCAGGGUGAGAUAUCAAGGCAGGUAUAAUAAAGCACUUUACACCUUACAUAAUAUAAUUAUUUGCAUUUUUUCUAUUCCUUUAGAAUUCUCUGAUUUCUCCUUGUCUUCUGCUUCUGAGACGUCUGACUCAAGCAUCAGCUCAAGUGCAUCAACUAUAAUCCUAGAUGAUGUCCCUAGCAAGAGACAAAGAACUGAGGAUACACGUGAUGCUGUGUCUGCUGAACAGGGUUCUUAAUGCUUUCACAUUUUUUCACUCUGAGUCUCUAGAAAAGCUAUUUAUCACCAUGUUUUGUAUUCUAAUGUUUUUGUUUUUUAUUAGUUGAUUGAAGCUGUGUUAAGAGGCAAGUCUGAGGGUGAAGAAGUACUACAGGAGUACAAAACAACAGAAACCCUAACAGAUGCUGCAAGAAGAAAAAUGUUUAACAUCCUGAUGGCUCACAUGAUUGACAAUCAUGGGUAUGUUUGUUUCACAUUGUUUUUAUUCGUGCCAAAUAACUGCAUGGCCAUUGCAUAAAUGUACUAAUUUAAUAUCUCCUCUCAGGCACCGCCCCACUAAAGCUAUCAGAGAAGAUUAUGCAUGUGGGAUAGUGAUGUUGUUCCCUUCCCUCAAGGAUCCAUACUCCAAGAAGGGCUAUGUAAUAGCCCUUAUUAUUGUUAACUCUUUCAUGUCAUGUUGUGACACAAAACUGUGUGGACGACAUUGAUAUUUGAAUUCCGUGAGAUUUCUCAUGAGCCUGGUAUGACAACGCAUUUCUUCUCUUUUUUCAUUUCAGGAACACUUCUAUGAUGCUGCAAGCAGCACAGGAUACAUUUCUUGGCGUCUGAAAACAGUCCAGAGGAAGAUU